CCGGCACUGGGCGUGUGUUCUCACGUCAAUAGCCGAUGGUAAACGCACAGAGGUAACGAGCCUGUAACCGCGUUUGAUACUUUGAACUGUCCCCCGUCACAUCCCGGAUGUCUUCACUGUCAACACACACCUUGGUCGUCCCAGAGAAGCAGUGCCGUUCAACGGCAUCCUGAAUGGUCGGUGAGCUACGCAGAGAUGUUGCUGGAGGAAGGGGCGCGGAGCUGUCUGCUGCGCUUUCGCCACAGACUGGAAGAAGACAUCAAGCCCUCCUACCUGAUGGACCACAUGAUCAGUGAUGGUGUGAUCAGUGGAGAUGAGGAGGAGAGGAUCAGGACUCAGCCCACCAGAAAGGAUCAGGCUGCGGCUCUGCUGGAGCUGCUGCUGAGGAAGGACAACUGGGCCUACAUCUCCUUCUACAACGCCCUGGUUAAGGAGGCAUAUGAUGAUUUGGCCAACAUGCUUCACGAUGACCUUCCGCAGGUCUCGCAAAAGGCCCACAAGAGCUCCUCUGACGGUUGCCCAUCUAAUGCAGUCCAGGCGGUGCUGAGUGAAGGUGGUGUGCCACAGAGGCCUGUGGUGUUUGUCUGCAGACCGGAGCUUUUGAACCGGGUCAGAGAGAAACUCUACCGACUGAAGAAUGAACCUGGCUGGGUCACCAUCUUCGGGAUGGCUGGCUCAGGCAAAUCUGUAUUGGCCGCAGAGGUUGUGAGACACCAAGGUGUCAUUGAAGAGUGCUUCCCUGGAGGCGUCCACUGGUUGUCUGUCGGCAAGCUGGACAAACCGGACCUGCUGGUGAAGAUCCAGUCGCUGUGUUUCCGCCUGGAGCAGAACAUGGACACCCAGGCUCUCCAGCGCACCCUCAACUCACUGGAUGAAGCCAAGGAGCGCCUGCGCUUCCUCAUGCUGCGCCGAUACCCCAGAUCUCUGUUGAUUCUCGAUGAUAUCUGGGACAGCAUGGUGCUGAAGGUGUUUGAUAUCCACUGUCGGAUCCUUCUGACCACCAGAAACAGAAGCCUCACUAAUUCAGUUAGCGGUGCUAAAUAUGAGGUGGAAGUGGAGAGCGGAUUGGAUGAAAACAAAGGAAUGGAGAUACUCGCUCUCUACACUCAAACCAACGCCCUACGACUGCCCGAGGAGGCUCGCAGCAUUGUCAGAGAAUGUAAAGGCUCCCCUCUGGUGGUGUCCUUGAUCGGGGCCCUGCUCAAGGAGAAACCAGACCGCUGGCGUUACUACCUCUGCCAGCUGCAGCAGAAGCAGUUCAAGCGUAUACGGAAGUCCUCAUCUUAUGACUACGACGCCCUGGACCAGGCCAUGGCUGCGAGCAUCGAGGUCCUGCCUGACGAACAUCGAGAGCUCUACAAGGACCUCGCUGUGAUCGAGAAGGAUGUGAAAAUCCCGGCGAAGGUGUUGUCUGUUCUGUGGAACCUGGAGCCCGAGGAGGUGGAGGACAUUCUCGAGGAGUUUGUCAACAAAUCCCUGCUUUUUGUGGACGCUAACAAUAGACCCUGCCUGUAUUACCUCCACGAUCUUCAGCUGGACUUCCUGGUGGAGCAGAACCGUACCCAGCUCGAGAGUCUUCACGCUAAAGUGGUGCGUCAGUAUCAGCAGCACUACAGAGACGGCCCUCCCAUCUUCAGAGACGAGGAGUGUCUUUAUUGGAUAAGAUUUCUGACCUACCACAUAGCUAAAGCCAACCUUACCCAGGAGCUCUACUCCCUCAUGUUUUCUCUGGACUGGGUCAGCAUCAAGGCCCAGAUAAUGGGUCCAGCUCACCUCAUCAAUGACUAUGUGGAGUAUGGACCAAUUCUGGACAAAGAGAACAGCGAGGUGCGCAGUCAGUUCCAGGAGUUCCUGUCUCUGAACGGUCACCACCUGGAGCAGCGUCCUUUCCCCGACGUGGUGCAGCUCGCUCUGUCUCAGCCUCACACCUCCGAGGUCUACAAACAGGCUCUGCUGCAGGCACAGGAGCGGACCUGCACGGGGAAACUCUACUUCGACUGGCUGAAUAAGAGCAGUGUGGAGAGUCUCUCCCGUCUGGUGAUCCACCCCCACCAGGGCUCCAUCUACUCUGCCUGCUUCUCCCAUGAUGGAUCCAAGAUCGCCACCUGUGGAGCCAGCAAGACACUGAAGGUGUUUAAAAGCACCACAGGCGAGAAGCUCACAGAGAUCCAGGCCCACGAUGAUGAGGUGCUCUGCUGCGCCUUCUCCCCGGACGACCGUCUCCUAGCAACCUGCUCUAGUGACAGGAAGGUUAAGGUUUGGAAUGUGGAGCGAGCCAUGCUGCUGAGGGUCUUUGAGGAGGAGCACCAGGAGCAGGUCAACCACUGUCAGUUCACUAACACCAAGCGACAGGUCCUACUGGCCACCUGCUCCGACGACAACUUCUUGAAUGUCAAGGUGUGGAACCUCAACAGACCAACCUCUCAGAACACAAUGUUUGGGCACUUGGAGUCCGUCAACCAUUGUUGCUUCUCGCCUGAUGACACCUAUCUGUCCACGUCUUCUAACGACGGCACUGUGAAGCUGUUUCAGAUGUCCUCCGCCAACGAGUGGAAGACGAUCGACGUGAGCAGCAUGUUUACAGAGAGCGACGAAGCCGUCCUCGUCAAGUGCAGCACCUGGACUGCAGAUGGCAAGCGUAUCAUAUGUGCUGCCAGGAACGGCGUUUUGGUGUUCGAUGUGGAGACGUCAGAAAUGUUGUUGGAGAUCAAAACCAAUCGUAUGAGCACCGUGCAGUACUGUCACGCCUGUCCGACCAGCAACCUGCUUGCCAUUGCGUUCUCAAACUACGCUGUGGAGCUGUGGGACCUGGAGUCCAAUAAAAAGAUGGCUGACUGCAGUGGGCACCUGAGUUGGGUCCAGCGUAUCCAGUUCUCUCACGACGGAUCCCAGCUGCUCUCGUGUUCCGAUGACCAGACUGUCAGGCUAUGGGAGACGAAGAAGGUGCACACCACCUCUGCCGUCUGUCUGAAGAGAGACUCUGACGUUCUCUUCUGUGAUGAAGAAAUCACCGUAUCGGCUGCCGACAACUGCAACAGGCUGCAGGUACGUGACGGCAAAAUGGGAUCAGUGCUGUUCCAGUCAGAGGAGCAGUCGUCCAGGAUCAGGUGCACCUGUAUGUGCAAGCAGCCCCCUGCUGUGGCUCUGGGACAACAGGAUGGAACCGUACAGGUGUUGGCGGUGCCCUCCGGGAAGCUUCUGGCCACUCUGCUGGGACAUACGAAGACGGUGCUGCACUGCCAGUUCACCCAGAACGGCCGAACCCUGAUCACCUCCUCGGAGGACACCACCAUCAGGGUGUGGAGUUGGCAGUCUGGCGAGGGCAGAGUACUCCGGGGUCACAAAGAGCAGGUCAGGUGCUUCUCUCGGCUCAACAGCUCAGCGGCUGACACAAGACUCCUAUCCUGGUCCUACGACGGUACUGUCAAGGUGUGGGACAUAGAAAGCGGAGAGAAGCUGCAGGACAUUGACACUCAACAGGGAGCCAUUCUGUCCUGCCAUGUCUCACCAGACGGUUGCUUGUUCGCCACCACCUCUGCUGACAAGACGGCUAAGUUGUGGCGCUGUGAGUCCUGGCAGUGCCUCCACACGCUGAGUGGUCACCAAGACUGUGUCCGAAGCUGCAGAUUCUCCUGGGACAGCCGAUGCCUCGCGACUGGGGACGACAACGGAGAGAUUCGGCUCUGGAGCGUCGAAGACGGCUCCUUGCUGAAGAUUUGUUCGCGGGACGGUAAAGACGGCAUGGACUCUCUCCACGGCGGCUGGGUGACCUGCCUGCACUUCUCUCCAGACAACUCUCUCCUGGUCUCGACUGGUGGCUACAUCAAGUGGUGGGAUGUGGAGCGAGGCGAGGCCCUGCAGACUUUCUAUCCAGCUGGGAGCGCUUUGAAGAGGAUCCACGUGUCGUCCGACUUCUCCACCUUCGUCACCAUCGACAGCAUCGGCAUCCUCUACAUCCUCCAGAGGGUUGUGUGACGAUGACAAAAGACCAACAAACCAAAAAAGAGACACACACUGAUUCAUUAUUGUCCAAUGGGAGGAAGUGGAGAGGCGUUGUGAGCCUUUACUUUAUAAACAGUCUGUGUCGUGUAGACGCACAAUGAGAGGUUCGACGAUUCCUGCUCCAGCCUUUCUGUUUUUACACAUUCAGACAAUGCACAGUUUAAGCUUUGGUGCCUAGAAAAAAAGACAAAUCUCUUCUCUAGCUAAGAGUAGGUGCUUAAAAAAAAAGGCAACAUGUUUACAUCCACUAAAACCAGCGAACCUGUAAAUCACGUCUUAGAUCUUUGAAUCAUUCAUAGCGAAUGAAGAGAUAAAUAUCAACAGAGGAAAAAUCAACUCAAAUGUGAAUAAAUGUUAAUCCAUAUCAGCAGUAGGGCUUAACGUUGUUGCAUGUGAUGAGUGGUUUCCUGCUCCACUGUUGUAAUUGAUACAAGCUAUUGUCUGCCGAGUCUUGCCGACCCACGCCAAGUGGUGAAGUGUAUUUGACUCGUCUCUGCUGUUAUGUUCUAUUGACUCUUAAUUUUUAAGAGUGUGUGUGAGGGUAUGUUUCUGCAUCGUUAGUGAAAAAUCAUCUGAGCCUUUUGUUUCCACUACAGCCUUGGCCUGCAGGAGAAUUCUGCAGCUACGACAGGAUGUGUACGUUUUUUAUUUACACGUCCACUAGCAUGGAUUGAACGUCUGCUGUUCUUUGAUGAGCAUUAAAGUUUGAUUAGCGCGGUUAAGUUUUAAUGAGCCCUCAUUUAAAAUGUAAUCCCUAAUCUUUUGAAAGGACUGUGAGUCUGUUUGUACAUCCUGAAUUUGUACUUUAAUCAAAGGUAAAUGUUUUCUAUAGAAGAAUCGCACAGGGUGCUUAAUAAUUUAUCAUCAAGUUUCUACUCGCUGAAAUUAAAAGGCAGAAUUUGUGCUUUGCUAGUAUUGUUUGUACCAGUUCUUUUUUUUUGUCUUAAAACCACUUUUUACAUAUUUUUAUCUGCACGUUUUCUGAGCAUCUUCGUUUUCCGAGCACUUUGACGCAGGAGCAACAAUCUUUCUCUGAGUAUUUUAAAUUAUGGCUUUGUUCAGAAAAUUGAAAAUAAAAUUCCUGUUCCCUUUGCUGCAAUAUGUGAAUCUCAGAGGACAAGAACAAGGUACAAAGUAAUGAUGAGUUUCUACAUGUUUAAACAAUGCUGUCGUUUUUUUACAUCAGGUUCUUCCUAGUUGAUGCUUUUAAAGCCAUUGUAAAUUCAAUCAGCAGAUUUCCUCCCCGUGUGGAGGUCUCUGUCAAACCUAAAUGUUGAGAUAUCGGCGUGUGCUCAGGAUGUAUCGAUGCUGUGAUACUUUGUGGUGCAAUGUGAGUGUAAUUUACAUCAAAUUAAAUUACAUACACCAAG